AUGACCGGCUGCGACCGCGUACAUUGUGCCAUAUUCCUACUCCGAAACGAAGCUCGUCACUGGUGGGAAGGAAUGAAAGAAGGGACGAACCUCGAGACUCUGCCAUGGACCGAUUUCAAAGUCCAAUUCUUCGAAAAAUAUUUCUCGAAAGACGUGCGAGCCCACAAACUCAAAGAAUUUCUCGAACUCCGCCAAGGCGACUUACCAAUGAUCGAAUACAUCCGCCGUUUCGAACGUGGCUGCCUUUACGCCCCAUUCAUCGCUCGAGACGCCAAAGAAAAGAAGAAUCAUUUCAUUUGUGGCCUCCAACCCGAAAUCCGUAGAGACAUUCGUAUGUCCGACGCCUCGACUUUCCGCCAACUCGUAGACAAAGCACUCAUGGCUGCCCAGGACGAGGAAGAAAAUCAAAACAAACGCCGACAGCCACCAAAUUUCCAACGCCCGUGGAAAAAGAAAAACUUUGGCAACCGCCCAUUCCGAGGAAAAGGAACGCAGCCCAUCCGCCAACCAACCGGACCACCGCCACCGCCGCCAAGGCCAACAUGCCCAAAGUGUGGAAUGAGUCAAUCCGGAGGAUGCAUACAAGGAACGAGAAGUUGCUUCCGAUGCCAUCAGCCCGGACACAUGGUAAACGACUGUCCGAAACCUCCACCGAACGUCCCCGGUCGAGUGUUCGCCAUGACUCAAGACCAAAUCGAGCAAGACCCGUCUAUGAUAGCAGGUAUCAUAUUUUUCCUCGAAGAACCCAUUUAUGCUCUAAUCGACUCCGGCUCUACUCAUUCCUUUAUAUCGAAAGGCAUAAUUGCACACUUAAAUCUCGAACCGAAUCGACUUAAUUACGAAUACCGAAUUCUCAUUCCCUCUGGCGAAGAAAUGUGCUCCAAUCUAGCCAUAAUCAAUUGCCCAAUCCGAGUUCACACUCAACCCAUGUAUUUCGAUUUAAUCCUCGUACCGAUCCAAAACUUCAAAGUUAUACUAGGCAUGGACUGGUUAACCAAAUUCAAAGCCCAAAUUGAUUGUGCCUCAAAAACGUCAAACUCAUUGACAAAGGCCAUUCCGGCUACUUGGUGGAUAUUCGAGUCCGAUCCCAAGGCCCAAAUAUCCGACAUUCGAGCUGUCCAAGAAUUUCCCGACGUAUUCCCCGAUGACGUUCCCGGACUCCCACCUGAUCGAGAAAUUGAGUUCAAAAUCAAUCUCAUUCCCGGAGCUACGCUAAUUUCCAAAGCCCCGUACCGUAUGGCCCCGAUGGAAUUGAAGGAGCUGAAGGACCAAGUUCAAGAAUAA